UCUGGGACGCCAGAACACAGGAGCUGCUCCGGGUCCGGCCAGGAGGGGUGGCGGCGGCUACAGGAUUCCCAGGAGCCAUGUUGUCAGAAGUCCUGCUGGUGUCUGCUCCGGGGAAAGUCAUUCUUCAUGGAGAACAUGCUGUGGUCCAUGGCAAGGUAGCACUGGCUGUGUCCUUGAACUUGAGAACAUUCCUCCAGCUUGAACCCCACAGCAAUGGGAAAGUGGGCCUCCACUUACCGAACAUUGGUGUCAAGCGGGUCUGGGAUGUGGCCAGGCUUCAGCUGCUGGACGCAAGCUUUCUGGGACAAGGUGACAUCACAGCACCCACCCCAGAACAAGUGGAGAAGCUAAAGGAGGUGGCAUGCUUCCCUGAGGACUGUGCUGUCACCGAGCGCCUGGCUGUGCUGACCUUCCUUUACUUAUACCUGUCCAUCUGCCAGAAGCAGAGGGCCCUGCCGAGCCUGGACAUCGUGGUGUGGUCGGAGCUGCCCACCGGGGCGGGCCUGGGCUCUAGCGCGGCCUACUCCGUGUGUUUGGCAGCCGCCCUCCUCACGGCCUGCGAGGAGAUCCCAAACCCGCUGAAGGACGGGGACGACGUCAGCAGGUGGACCGAGCAGGGUCUGGAAUUGAUUAACAAGUGGGCCUUCCAGGGGGAGAGAGUGAUUCACGGGAACCCCUCCGGAGUGGACAAUGCCGUCAGCACCUGGGGAGGAGCACUCCGAUACCAGCAGGGGAAGAUCUCACCCUUAAAGAGGCCACCGGCUCUCCAGAUCCUGCUGACCAACACCAAGGUCCCUCGCAGCACCAGGGCCCUCGUGGCUGGCGUCAGGGCCAGGCUGGUCCAGUUCCCAGAGAUCGUGGCCCCUGUCCUGACCUCCAUAGAUGCCAUCUCCCUGGAGUGCGAGCGCGUGCUGGGCGAGAUGGCGGCGGCCCCGGCACCGGAGCAGUACCUCGUGCUGGAAGAGCUCAUCGACAUGAAUCAGCACCACCUGAACGCCCUUGGCGUGGGCCACGCCUCCCUGGACCAGCUCUGCCGGGUGACCAUGGCGCGCGGACUGCACAGCAAGCUCACUGGGGCAGGCGGCGGCGGCUGUGGCAUCACACUUCUCAAGCCAGGUCUGGAGCGGCCGGAGGUGGAGGCCACGAAGCAGGCGCUGGCCAGCUGUGGGUUUGACUGCUGGGAAACCAGCGUGGGUGGCCCCGGAGUCUCCGUCCACUCAGCCGCCUCCCUGGACGGCCGCGUCCGGCAAGCCCUGGGUGGCCUCUGAGAUGAGCCCAUGACACUGCUGCCCCAGCAAGAAGCCCUUUCUGGAUUAUUCUGGGGGCUGGAUUCGGCCUCUGUGCUGGCCAGCGGGUGCCCAGCUCCUCUGUGAUGCCUUUGCCGCUGCACGUGGCCCCCGUCCCAGCGGUGGGACUCGGGUCUGCCCUGGGCUGGGCUGCCAGGGUCCGCGUUCUUCACUCUCUCGAGCCAGCCGGGCAGCGGGGCCCAGGGGGUCCUCUGAGACUUCAGACCAGAGACACGAGGAGCUCCCCCACCUUCCCUGCGGGUCCCACAGACCCUUCUGCUUUGGGCCCUUCCACCGUCACCUGCAGACUCCCUUGGCCGGCUUGGUGGGAUGCCUGGGUGCCGGGGUCUGUCCUGCAGCAGUGUACCUUCUCUCUCCCUCUGCCUCGACACUUCCCUGUCUCUCAGGGCCCAGGCUGCCCCCACCUCCUCCAGGAAGCCCUCCCUGACCCCUGGCAGGCUGACCUUUGCACACCCCUGUCCCGUGGCGCCUGCUGUCUGGUCUGAAUCGUUCGUCACUUUCUGCACCUGUGUUUCUGCCUGGGUAGACGGGACAACCAGGGGCUGUCCAGGUGGGGGUCUUUGCCUUCUGCCCUCCAGCCCAAGGGGCGGCUGAACGAAGUCAGGGCCAAUGUGCAGUUUCUCCCAAUCUGCACCUGAGGGCUUUGCAGAAAAGAUGGCACAGGGGAAUAAAACGGUCUCGAGUAAACAGUGCUUUACUCUGUGUCCAGAAAGACGGGGCCUGGUAGACGCCAGGCCAUCCUGCCUUCCGCUGUCCCCGUCCCCUCUCCAGCUGCUUUCUUGGUGGAGCUCUUCAGAGGUUGAAGGAAUUAAGGGCUUCAGGUCACUUUGUGUGUCUUAGUGAUGGGGUGGUUUUCCCAGAUGGCCCUUGCUGUGCAAGGGACCAGGACACUUCUGCCAGGACGAGGCUCUCAGGCCACCAGCAUUUCCAGAGGGAAAUGUUAAGUUUCCUACCUUCUGGAAUCACGAGCACCCACCAAUGCGCAGACUUUAGUAAACCGUGGAAACAAGAACCUGCGGUAGCUCCUGGAACGUUCCAUUCUGAAAUUGACCAGGUGGGGAAGACAGACUCUUGGUGUUCGUUUCCCCGGUGCCCAUUUGAGGUUCAUGUUGCCAGUCAACGUGGCUCUUUCUGAAAUGGCAGAAUCCAUCGGGAAGCCCGCGUCGCUAUCGCGUUGCCAACAGAACCCCUGGGAGCCACAGGUGUGCCAGAGGCAGGGCAGAAAGGUGGGGGCGGGGGCAGCGAUUUCAGGAUUUGGUUGAAAUGGCUCCGUGCGCUUCUGCCCUUGGCCACUAGGGGGCAGCUGGCGCCUUUCCCAGCCGGUGUCAUCUGGGGAGGGUGAGUGGGCAGAGCCUGAUCUCCACCCCUGUGCUCAGGCUCCUCUCUGGGCCCGGCCCGGGGGUCACUGCCGGGAAUGGGAGGGCAAGAGGAAGGACACCUGCCCAGCAUCACUGAUGGCGGUUCCCUGGCCCUGCCCUUUAGAACACAGUGCAUAACACAAUAAUAUUGAUACAGAGCACUUAGCAUGGGCCAGGCACUGCUCUAAGUGCUGUACAGACAUCGUCUCUUAAUCUCUACCCCAACCUCAGAGUGUAAUUUACUAGUCUCAUCCCCAUUUUACAGGUCAGGAAAUUGAAGCUCAGAGAGGUUGAGUAACUUGUCCGAGGCCACACAGCUAAUCGGCACCUGAGGCAGGAUUCAAACUCAUUCUGAUUCCAGAGCAUGCUUCUGCUGGGCACAGCUCUGGGCGCAUCUUCGUUGCAAUUUUAUAGCCUUCCAUGCUCAGGCUUGUUAUUUCCUCCGGAUUCUGAUGUACUUGGGCAGGGCAGGUCCCGGGCAUGCGUACUUUUCUCCCCACUUGGUUGGAGUGAGCAGCCAGGGCCAGAGGCGCUGUCCUCAGGGAUGAUGCUGGUUGGCAGCCAGUUUCCAGCCUGUAGGAGGUGGGCCUGGGGGCCUCCCAGGGCUUCUAUAGGUGCCCAUGACAGCUGUAAAACUGGGGUGGGGGGCAGAGGCUGAGACCCCAGAGCCUGCCUGCUCCUUGAGGCCCUCCCCCUUUCUCAUUCCCUGGGCUCAGGAUGUCCCUCCUGGAGCAGGGGCAGACUCAGAGUGCUCGUGCCCCAGGGAAGCAGCCGCCUGUGUGCCUUGCCCGGCACAGCCUCUCUACCCAGCCACCACGCGGGCCUGGUGCCAGCCACUCUUUGGCCACCUGUCUUUGAUAUCCGUUCGCAGACAAUUUGCAUAUGCAGCCCUCGCUCCUCAGCGUGUAGGGCAGUGGCUCUGGCUCUCAGCUGCGCAUUGCAAUCACCCGGGCAGCUUCUGCAAGACACCCGGGAAUGCCUGGCUGCGUCCCGGGAUAUUCUGGUUUAACUGGUCUCGGUGGGACUCCAUCUCGGGUAACGUCAAGGCUCCCAGGUGAUUCUAAGGUGUGGCCCAGGCUCUGCUUCGGCUCUGCCAACCCAUUAGCCUUGGCAAGCCAGCCCACCUCCAGGGGCCACAGCUUCUCGUCUAGAAAACGGAGUGAUAAUACCCACCUUAUAGGCUUAUGGUGAUUGAACGAGAAAAUACACAGAAAGCCCUUGGCAUGGUACCUGGCACAUAGUAAGUGCUCAAUAAAUGCUUAUUCUCACU